AUGAUUUCGGCAAUUUGGGGUCGUAUUCCAGCUAUUAGACUACAAAUGGCACAAAAAACUGUCGUUGAACAUCCAGAAGUUUACUGUGCUGUUGCGCCAUGUGCUAUACCGGCGACUUACGUAGCAGUCAGUGCAUUAGGUUUUACCGUUGGGGGCAUAACUAGUGGGAAUGUGGCGACUGGAAUGAUGAGCACAGCUGCCAUUGCUAAUGGAGGUGGUGUGGCAGUGGGAAGUGUCGUAUCCUUAUUGCAAAGUAUUGGUGUUUUGGGUGUUACGAAUCUAGGACUUUUACCAGCGGUUUGA